UUUAUAUAACAUCACCACAACAUUAUCAUCAUCAUCAUCAGCACCUAUACCCAGAUUAUUGAACCAAUACUACUAAUACAAUGGCUGACAUCAAUGAUAGGACCGGCGAUUUUGUGGUAUAUAAGCGAAACGAAAUUAUCAAAUAUCAGCGACAAAUUGAACACUUGAUCCGUGAAAAUGAUAGACUAAAACAAAUGAAAACCAAAUACCAGGACUUGGAGUUUGAAAACUUGGCGCUCAAACAUCGGUUGGCCAGUAAUGGUGGAUCGGCUGCGGGUGGAAAGGCAGGAGCCGUAGGUAUCGGCGCCAAUGAUAAUCAAAACUGGCGUAACUGUGGCUCCGAUUACGGUCUGAUUGUUGAGUUUAUGCAAAAUCAGUCGACACCCGACAGACACCGAUUGAUUGUCGACCCAACACCCAGACAUAGUAGUUCCGUAACCAAUAACUACCAGUCCUCUACUGAUGGCAACGUAGUACCGGAGCCCGGGAUUAUUGAUGGCAGUAUUAAUGAGUCGACUAACGAUCAUCUAAUCAUUGGUUACGGUAGAGGAUUGCGUCGACAGUCGAUAUUUCCCGUAUCGAAAGCGGGCGAUAAACAGCUACAGGAGCUGACCGACGACCAGAAACAUUCAAAACAAUUGGGCGAAACCCGAACCAAACAAUUGGACUCACAUUUCUGGUCAAUCAAAUCGGAUACGUCGGCUGCGAAUCAUUAUCCGGAAGGGUUGGCUCAGUUGGCCAAAGAUAUCAGGAAUAAGGCUAACCAUAAUGUAAUGCAUCGGAUAAUUGUCAGGGAAUGGAACCGACGGCCGGAACGGAUGUCGCGGACAGAGUUUUUCUAUCAUUUGCUAACCGUAUUCAUACAUAACGGCUGUUUGGUUACCCAGUGUACGGAACAUUCGCCACCGUGUCGGCCGAAAGUGGACAGUCGUAUACUGGAAUCGUCGGCACCGGUAUUGAAAAGUUUUCUCCAGUGUGUAAACAGUUUGAAAUUGGUUGUCGUCGAAGUUGAACUGCUGGUAGCCCUGGAAAACCUGGCCUACGCUGAACCUAAAUACCGGUGCGCUGUCGCCGAGAUUAUGGACCUAUUGUUUCGCAAAGGUGUUGUCCAAGCGAUAGCAUUUGGCGAGUGGUCUCAGGCGGACAGUCCACGCAAAUCCGAUAAAGAGUUGCUAAUCAAAGAGAUACAGUCGACAGGGUUUACACUAAUUAGACGAUCAUCUGUUUAA